CACAAGAAAGUUAUAAGCGAAGCGCCUAAAAUAUUUUACAAAUAAACUUUUCUAAAAUGUCGAAUCAUAACAAUCGAAAAGUAUGCUACCUUCUCUUGUUGGUCAUCAGUGCAGCGUUGGGAAUGAACAACAGUUCCAGUUCCUAUUGUUGCUCCGGGAAUGAAGAAAUCUGGGUGGAUGACGAUGGCCUCAACCAAUGCUUAGACACCAAGACGAAUGCCACGACGAAGAUCACUCUCGCGUGCUUCGACAACAUGACUGCGAUAUUGACAAACAACUCACACUUCCCGGUUAAGCUGGGGGAUGGAGGUAGACUGAUAAUUAUGGAGGAUGAGCUGGCUGAAUUAACUUCUAUUGAAAAAGGCGAUUUCUGCCUAGGACAGCAGACGGACAAUGGGACGUUGAUACCGUCAGUGGUCCUGAUCUGCUUAGACGCGGAAGAAGAAGAGGUCGUCAGUCAGGACUUGCUGGGGUACUUCAUGGCAGUGUCCAGUGUCUUCCUUGUACUGACUGCGCUAGUCUACUUGGCUCUUCCAGAACUUAGAGACCUGCAAGGAAAAAGCAUAAUUAGCUUAUGCAUCAGUCUCGCCAUUGCCAACAUACUUAUGUGUAUACUUAAGGUGAUGGCCUACGAGAAUAUGACGUGGUGUGCAAUCAGAGGAUUUUUUGCAUAUUAUUUCAUAAUAUCAAGUUUUUUCUGGAUGAACGCGAUCGCUAUACAAAUUUUACGUAACAUCAAGCGUUCAACGAUUUGCAGUUACGGCUUGAAGGAGUUCUUAUGGUACGCCCUAUACGGGUGGGGGGUUCCCGCCCUCUUUACAAUUAUAUUGCUCAUCGUUAACUACACUCCGGGUCGCCACGAGAAACCGGGGAUAGGCCACACUCAUUGUUGGUUUCAUGAUCUGCGACGCAUAUGGAUUUACAUGUACAGUAUUAUGACGAUUCUGAUAGCGGCGAAUGUGGCUAUAUUUGUGUACGCUUCAAUUUUCUUGUGGAAGCACACGUUCUCCUCGACACACUUAAAGGCCUUGCGAUACAAGUUAACAAUGAUGUUGCGGCUGUUUGUUAUCAUGGGUUUACCGUGGAUAUUUGAGAUGGUCACGUCAUUGACACCAGUCCACAUAAUUGGGGUGAUUCUCGACAUAAUCAACUGUCUCCAAGGGCUGAUAAUCUUCGUGAUACUGGUAGUAUUUAGACGGCGUGUGAUCAAGGCACUACACAAGAGAAGAGCACUGUGUUGUCUGAAUGACUGGGCUGAAAGAUACUUGGCAUUGGCUGACGAUGAAGAAAAUGAUAUAGUCACGCACACUAUAGUCGUGCCCAUGGAGGAAAAAUGAUAUACCAUAUUUAUUUGACAUGAAUACAUUUAAAAA